AUGCUUUUAAUCUUUUAUCUCAAGUAUGGUCAACCUAGGUACAAGAUUUGGAACUUGAAGAAGCUUGUUGCUGUGAAAACCUAUGCUCCAAUUCCCAUAGAGCACUUCACAAACAUCAAGUUUAGAGAUUUUCGUGGAGUAGCUCGCAUCGAAGAGGAUUUCACACUUGAAAAUUUUCCAUGUAUGAUUCUGAAUGAUUGGAUUUCUUUGUUUAUGAUUUUAUCUAAGGAUGAAGCAAAGUAUGAGUCGAUUGUUUCUUAUGUGAAAAUAAUGUUGAUCUGUUAUAUUCACGAAGUCACAAAGCUGGAUGUUGAAAUUGCUAUGGUAUUGAAGAAAAAACCUAUUGUGGAUCCAAAAGAAGAAACAAUUGUUGGAUUAGGUGUCUAA